CUUGGGAGCCAUGCUGCUCUCUAUAGUCCUCCCUGGCUGCUGCCCUGCCGUUUGGCCUUGAAGACAACUGACCGUACAAUAACAUGGACCAUUAGGAAUUCAGCCCAAGCCUUCUCCUCUGCUUGGGAAGAGAAAAUGUAGGUACUGUAUCACUUUUCCUUGCUCCUUCUGUGAUGUUCCUGAUGUAGUGGGUCAAGUUUGAGUCUUUUUGGCUUUGGUGCCUUUCUGAGGAAGGUUGGUUACGGAGGUGCCUUUGAUCUAAGUUAUUGUGCUUCUGUAGAGGCUUGCAGCCAUUGACAUUGCUGUAGCACUUGAACAUUGUUUGUCAAGUAAUGGACUGCAGCUGGGGUCCCUUUAUACACUACAUGCCUCUCCACCUCCUCCAAACACUUAAAUGACCAAAGCUUGUGGACCUCACUGUGGAUGUACAUUUGAUUCUCUUGUAUCACUUGGAAUGUUCCUACCUUUUAUACGUUUUCUUAUAAUAUUGCAAUUGAUCCAUGGCAUAGAAUCUAGUAGUAAACCCAAACAGCGUGCACAUUCACAGUGAUCCAACUCAACAUAAUUAAUCCCGAUUUUGUAAAGCGCUAAACAGCACAUUGUGUUUUUAUCUCUAGCAAGAGCAUGGAAUGGGUUUAUCAAUGUCCUAGAAUUCAAAUAUAAGGUCAUCUUUCUGAAUAUAAAUUCUGAAUAGUUUUUUUGUGAAAGAUCAUUUUAGAGUUGAGUUGAUGAUGUAAGGUUGCAUGUAUGGACAACUCCCAUCAGUGAUUUCCUUCCCCCUCUUGCACUUGUUUAUUAGUUACUGAAAGACCCCACUUCAUCACGUCUUGUAUUUUUACUCAAGUGAUUACAGCACGUAAACACAAAAUAAGACAGACAGACGGGCUAAAUUAGUCUCUCUGUUGUUGUUGAGACCUGAGAACGCCUCUAGAGGAAGAGCGGCCUUGGAACUACAUUGUGGAUCUUUACCAAAUGUGAAGGACCUACUUGACUAUAGGCAUAAGAACAAUUUGGUUUAUUUGAGUUUGUUUAGAAUUAUUCUAUAAAUACUGAUAAAGUUCAUUGAUUGAAUUUCCUUUGGGUUUGGAAUAGAUAUGUAUAAAACCUGACAUUUAAAGUUAUAGCUUAUUUUCCAAAAAUUCCUAUGUGAAUUGAAUUGUCUUUUUGUGGAGGGAGAUGGUGUAGUGUUCUGUGAAUUAUGAUCCUAGUUGUUUUCCAAAUGAUAUACAAAUGGGUGUCAUGAGAAAAUAAUGCAUUGUCCUUUAGGCUAGUUGAUGAAGAGCUCAGAUAAAAAAAGACUUGAUAAGAGACUGUAUACAAACCCACUCACACACAACACAUGCACACGCACACGCACACACACACACACACACACACACACACACACACAAACACACACACACACACACAGCUGAAGUUUAUGUACAAUUUGCAGAUAUAAGAAGUGAUUUACAUGACAAAGACCUCCAACCUUUUCAAAAGUAAUCUUUCACAGAGGCUGGCACACUUAUCUGUGAUGAAUGCAAAGGUCUGAGAAUAUUACCUGAGGAAAUUCUCUACUGUGGCUAAUCUCCAUUGAAGAGUGAAUGAGGGAUUAAAACAUUGUCCUGUGGAGUCAGGAAAUAGAGACAGCACAGAGAGGACACAAAUGAAGCCCCAUGCUGGAUCUGAUAGGGCCUUGGAGGUCAAGAAAGACCUCAGAUAAAUAUAGACUCUGAGGGCAAAGAUGACUCAGUCACUGUUCAAAAUUCAUACAUCACACUUUGCAAAGCACAAUUGGGGGCCAGUUUGCUACAGCAGGAAAAUAAUACUUUUUAUUUUAUCAGGUAAGUUGACUGAGAACACAUUCUCAUUUAGAGCAACGACCUGGGGAAUAUUUACAGAGGAGAUGAAUGAGCCAAUUGGAAGCUGGGGAUGAUUAGGUGGCCAUGAUGGUAUGAGGCCCAGAUUGGGAAUUUAGCCAGGACACCUGGGCUAACACCCCUACUCUUACAAUAAGUGCCAUGGGAUCUUUAGUGACCACAGAGAGCCAGGACACCCAUUUAAAGUCCCAUCCAAACGACAGCACCCUACAAAUGGCAAUGUCCCCAAUCACUGACCUGGGGAAUUCAAAUAUUUAUUUUUAGACCGGAGGCAAGCCAGCAGAGGGAUGCAGGGUGGUAUGCAGCAACAGGAAAUGUGAAUUAUUAUAUGGAUUAUAAUUAACAGGCAAUGUUGUAGGGGUUGAUACAUUUUUCAUAAGUGAAAAUCAAGUCUGAAAUUUCAAAGUGGAAAUUACACACGUCAGAAGCCUUUUUAAACCUCAAAUACACUACAGGUUUUACAUUUCCUGCAUUGCAGGUAAGUUCUCCUGCAACAGGGUGAUCAAAUUAAGAUAUGUACACCACUUAAACGGCACAAAAGCUGAUAUGAUUCAGUGUCUGGAUCAGUUACCCAAAACAAAUUACCAAGAAAAAAUACAAAUACAUAAAAUAAUGUAUUUAGUCUCUCUGUGUUUCAUCAUUCUCCUUCAAUUCGCAAGAGGCUUAAUGUAUCUCACUGGAGAAAGCAUCCGAGCGAGCGAAUCAGCGCCCUUCUGUCUCUGUAUGUGUAAAAGCGUAUGACAUUGAUGCCGCCGGUAGCAUUGAAUGCAGUGGAAGCCAGUGAGCAUUUGGCCUCCCUUGAUAAAAAAAGUAUAAAAUAAUAGCCAAUCAGCAUUGUGCUAAAAUGAGUGAGCUCAACUGUGAAGGGUCCUGGCUAAGAAAAAAAAAGUGUCAAGGGAAGCCAGUUUGGGUUUGGCUUCCCUCCAAUCACAUCACAUCGAGUGCAAAUUAGUCAUUGACAGAAACAAUUUGAAUUGUUGCAUCUCGCUGGUGGAUAGCUAGCUAGCUAAAACAGUAUAUUUCCUAAAUUAGCCAUGGAUGGAGAGCCAUGGAUAGGGAUUUGGACUUGUGGUUUUGGCCAAUGCUUGUAACGGUGAUUCUGAUCCAACCAUAAAUUCAUAUGGUUGGGUCAGAAUCGCCUUGGCCUGAGAGGAUGGAAGAUCAAUAUGUAGCUAGAUGUAGAAGGCAUGUUGAAGAAGGCUAGCUAACAUUGCACAUGAAAGGAAGUUAGGCUAGCGAGCAAGCAUUUUAUCCAGGUAGCCUAGGACAACAAAAAAUAAAAGCGUGUACUGUAUGACAGAGGCAUAAACCAUUUCGUCAACAUGAAAGAGAGGAGGAUGGCAUUGGCGUUUCUCUACAAGUAGGGUGAGUCAACAUGUUUUUUCUACUUGCACACACACACACGCGCACGCACGCACGCACACACACACACACGCGCACACGCACGCACACACGCACACACACACACACACACACACACACACACACACACACACACACACACACACACACACACACACACACACACACACACACACACACACAGAAAUCAGAACCAUGGACACCCACAUCAUAUUUAGCUUACAUUGAUUGAACUAAAUUGUUUUUGGUAUCUUUUAGUUGUCACUGUAUCAGACUAAGCAUGGGUUAUUUGAUGAUAUUGAAAUGGAGAUGGAAUCAUGGAGGCAACUCCUGUUUUCUUUGCAACUUGUGCUAACUCUCCGUGGUUCUAAAUCAAUAGUUGUUUAGUAGUCCGAAAAUGUCGGAAACAUUAACUUGCUUGACCAUGCUGUAGGUCAUGUAACUGUUUGUUACAUGUAAUACACUUUGUGGAAUUCACUGGACAGAUGUUGCUCUCCGGUUUUGUGAUGAAACAAAGGUGGGGUUUUAUUUAUUCUGACACUGUCUAUCUUAUUGUGUCAGCCUUAGGCCUAUAUAUGACUGUGGUAUACGAACUAACAAGUUAUAGAGCAAACAACACAAUUAUCACAUAGGUUGUAAAAUGGCUUUUAUCCUGGCUUUCCCACUGAUUUUACCCACGCACCACUACUGGUCUGGAUUAAGACCCUUUCUCCCAUUGAGGCCUGUAGGUCAACCACAAUAUGGAGGUAAUGCCUCUAUUGUACAGAGAUACCAGAGGAAAUAUUAAGCUUUACCACGUAUUUUACUGUAUGUCAGUGCUGUACAGAGACACAAAAGUAAAUAUGCAACUUGAAAAGGAAGCUGUGGCUACAAUUUAAUGUAAUAAGAAAUUAAUGCCAUGCAAUUAAUUUGCAAUUAAUUUGGUGUUAAACCUCAAAGCAUGUUCUGCUGGAAAUUGACAUGCCUACCGCUCAAAUGGGUAUACUAUUCUGGAAGGUAAUACAGAGUAGUUAAGACCAUUGUAUUUUGAAUGAGCAUAGUAAGGGCCUACAAUAUAGUAGUGUGGUAUGGAUGGAAAUGAAUGGGAGCAGUUAGUGUUGUUUGAAUGCCUGUUUUCUAUGAGUACCAAACUGGCAAUACAGUGCCGUACAUAUAGUGAGUAAUCCUUUAUUGCGUGCUUUGUAAAGGCGAACAGCCGGAAAAAAAACUGCCGAACACCAAAACUAACAGAAACCGCACAAAAUGUCCUCAUAAUACACUACCGGUCGAAAGUUUUAGAACACCUACUCAUUCCAGGGUUUUUCUUUAUUUUUACUAUUUUCUACAUUGUAGAAUAAUAGUGAAGACAUCAAAACUAUAAAAUAACACAUAUGGAAUCAUGUAGUAACCAAAAAAGUGUUUAACGAAUCAAAAUAAAUGUUAUAUUUGAGAUUCUUCAAAUAGUCACCCUUUGCCUUGAUGACAGCUUUGCACACACUUGGCAUCAACCAGCUUCACGAGGUAGUCACCUGGAAUGCAUUUCAAUUAACAGGUGUGCCUUUUUAAAAGUACACUUGUGGAAUUUCUUUCCUUCUUAAUGCGUUUGCGCUAAUCAAUUAUGUUGUGACAAGGUAGGGGGGUAUACAGAAGAUAGCCCUAAUUGGUAAAAGACCGAGUCCAUAUUAUGGCAAGAACAGCUCAAAUAAACAAAGAGAAAUGACAUUCCAUCAUUAUUUUAACAUUUACAUUUACAUUUUAGUCAUUUAGCAGACGCUCUUAUCCAGAGCGACUUACAGUUAGUGAAUACAUAUUUAUUUAUACUGGCCACCCGUGGGAAUCGACAUGAAGGUCAGUCAAUAUGGAAAAAUUCAAGAAUUUUGAACGUUUCUUCAAGUGCAGUUGCAAAAACCAUCAAGCGCUAUGAUGAAACUGGCUCUAAUGAGGACUGCCACAGGAAUGGAAGACCCAGAGUUACCUCUGCUGCAGAGGAUAAGUUCAUUAGAGUUAACUGCACCUCAGAAAUUGCAGCCCAAAUAAAUGCUUCACAGAGUUCAAGUAACAGACACAUCUCAAAAUCAACUGUUCAGAGGAGACUGUGUGAAUCAGGCCUUCAUGGUCAAAUUGCUGCAGAGAAACCACUACUAAAGGACACCAAUAAUAAGAAGAGACUUGCUUGGGCCAAGAAACACGAGCAAUAGACAUUAGACUGGUGGAAAUGUGUCCUUUUUUCUGGAAUCCAAAUUGGAGAUUUUUGGUUCCAACCGCUGUGUCUUUGUGAGACACGGUGUGGGUGAAUGAAUGAUCUCCGCAUGUGUAUUUCCCACCGUAAAGCAUGGAGAAGGAGGUGUUAUUGUGUGGGGUGCUUUGCUGGUGACACUGUCUGUGAUUUAUUUAGAAUUCAAGGCACACUUAACCAGCAUGGCUACCAUAGCAUGCUGCAGUGAUACGCCAUCCCAUCUGGUUUGGGCAUAGUGGGACCCAACAAACCUCCAGGCUGUGUAAGGGCUAUUUUACCAAGAAGGAGAGUGAUGGAGUGCUACAUUAGAUGACCUGGCCUCCACAAUCCACCGACCUCCACCAAAUUGAGAUGGUUUGGGAUGAGUCGGACCGCAGAGUGAAGGAAAAGCAGCCAACAAGUGCUCAGCAUAUGUGGGAACUCCUUCAAGACUGUUGGAAAAGCAUUCCAGGUGAAGCUGGUUGAGAGAAUGCCAAGGGUGUGCAAAGCUGUCAUCAAGGCAAAGGGUGGCUAUUUGAAGAAUCUCAAAUAUAAAAUAUAUUUUGAUUUGGUUACUACAUGAUUCCAUAUGUGUUAUUUCAUAGUUUUUAAGUCUUCACUAUUAUUCUACAAUAUAGACAAUAGUAAAAAUAAAGAAAAACCCUUGAAUGAGUAGGUGUUCUAAAACUUUUGACCGGUAGUGUAUAUGUGCGAAACGGCGCGCCACGUUUCGACUAGAUAGUAUGCGGCGGUCUUUAAUCCUGAGGGGAUGAUGGGGCAGCAGCUAUGGGACUGGUAGUAUCUGACUCAAACAAAAAAACACUCCACAACAGGAUGUUUCUGUUGACAAGGCAGUAAACCAUUAGUGACGUUUCUAAGACAUUCGCUGGUGCCAGUGAGUAGAGUCUCUGAGUAAAAUGCAAACAACCAGUGUGUAUUGCCAGGAGGCCUGUAAUCUUUUCAUUUCUCCAACCACGUUUUAACUCCUAGCCGGCCACACUACAGAGAGGGCCAGAAACACAGACCCUGACGAAGGCCCUACAGAGGCCAAAGCACUCACCCCCAGUCUUGCAAAGCACUUUGACAGAGCUGGUCUGGAUAUGUCCUCAGCCACUGUCAGUUUACCACUUCCUGAUCUGGAGAAAUGUUUUGCACCCCGCCAUGUCACACAUGUAUUUGCAUGAAACAACCACUUACACACACAGGUGCUCGAGCCCACAAACAACACACACACACACAGUCUUGUACAACUAACCUUGUGGGGACACACAAUUCAGUCCCAUUCAAAAUCCUAUUUUCCCUAACCCUUAACCCUAAACCUAACCCUAACCCGUACCCUAACCCUAAACUUAACCCAAAAACCUAACCUUAACCCUAAACCUAACCCUAGCUCCUAACCCUAACCCUAAAACUAACCCUAGCUCCUAACCCUAAACCUAAUUCUAACCCUAACACUAAUUUUAACCUUAACCCUAAAUCCCCUAUAAAUAGCAUUUGACCUUGUGGGGACAAGGGGCUUUGAGGUCUGGAACGUCACUGUAACAGAAUUCUUCCCUAUUUAGGAACAAGUUCACUCCUUUUGUCUACACGGACAAUUAGUGUAAAGAUUCCAGUUAUGAAAAUGAAUGCUAAGAUUGACAUGUGAUGGUAUUGAUUAGCAGUAAGCCUGUAAAACAUUAGCCAUUAUUUUUUUGCACAACUACAGAAAGCAUUUGAAAACCCUCCUACUGUGAACAGUAAAAUUAUAGUUAAUGUUCUAAAGCCGAAGGGGUUAUAAUUCAAUACAGACAUAUCACAGCAUGGAAGCAUGCAACACAACACCAAACACUUAAAAGAGCUUUCAGGAUAGAUACCGCAGAACAUAAUUUAUGGUUGUGAGACAAGAAUUGCUUACACAGAGGCAUCACUGAGAGAUACCACAACAAUGUGAGCCUAAAUCAAACUGUGAAGCCAAUAAAACACUCUUGAGAGAUAAAUAAAUAAUGAAAACAAAAUCUCUUGCUGCAUAGUUCAGCUUAAACCAUUUCUAUGCAGCCAAUCCCUCGAGCAAAGCCAUCUAGAAGCUCGUGGAAAAUCAUUAACGCUCAGAUCUUUCAAGGAACAAUUGCAUAAUUUUCUUCUUUGGCCGGGGUUUCAAGGUUACAGAUUUACGUGUUUCUUGUGACGGCAAGGAGUAUCUUCUGUAAACUGAUGCAAGGCAGGCUUAUGUGAGAACGACUGUAAAUUCAAAGCUGCCUAUUCAAACACAGACAUACCUGACAAGUCUCUGUCCUGCGAAAGGGAGACUACAACUGGAACAAGAUAAAUCUUGUGGUGGAAUGAGAGACUUCUGGAGGCUACCAUGGUAAUAGACUUUUCAUCUGGGGCUUGACAUGAUGCCAAAGGAGUAUCCCAUCCAUGCUCACAAUGGACUCACAAUAGUAUCCCAGCCAUGCUCACAAUCGCCGUCAGAAUACAGCUUGGGUAAACUUCCUCACAGAGCUGUAUGCUGACUGCUAUUCCCUGUUCACUUUUUAUAAACUGAAAAAUACAAACAAAAAAUAAAGGCAUUCAGGGACCUCAUGCAUGGGUUGCCAGGAUUGAAAUACCUAUUUUUAUCUGGGCAAAACCACACUUAGCACAUUUAACAAUCUACACCUGUAAAAGAGCCACCGCAGAAUGGCCUCAGCAGAGGGACAAAGUAUUUUGUUGAAGGCAAAAACACUUGUGAUCUGUUGAAAUGAAGGCCACUGUGCACUGUUUACGGCAGUGGGACUAUGAAACAUACUGUAAUAUGUCAUCGAUUGCAUGAAGUUCUGUGAUUUUAUGAUGUUUGGUGUUGCAUUGAAACAUUCCUCUCAACCUCUUUCCUUGUGUUUCCUUGUCUUUCAGAGUGUCAAUGCUCCUACUCAUUCUAAGAUGAAGUUAUGGAAGUGUGCCGCCAUCGCCUUGACUCUCUGUGGAGCAGCACUGUCCCUCUUCCUCACUCGAAUCAUGGUUCCCACGCUACCGCAUCACUUCCCCUCCUGGGACACGUCUUCGUCGCGGAUGUCCUCAUCCUCCAACUCCUCUUCCUCACUGAUCGGUGGCCGUCAUCGCAAAGUGCGGUCGACGGAAGGCAUCGGCAACAUUUUGACAGAAUGUAAGCAAAAUCUUCAUCUUCAGUCACCAACUAUUUUUGUCCAGAUGUUCUGAUUGGUUUGGAUAUUCUGAUUGACUCUUGCUAAAGCUCUGAAGUCAUUGGUCUGUGAAGAAAACGUUGUGGUGGAGACCAGUCAAGAGAAUGUACGCUUUGACACCCAUGUGUUGGUGUCAACAGUAAAUUGGAUAAUUCCCAGCCAGUCUGAGGGCCACCAAUAGUGUACCUGUACAGAUAAAGCCACUGUACCUCUACCGACAGAGCAUGGCAGCAUAGCAGCCAACCGCAGCUUACAGCCAGCCAGGGUAAUCAAAUCAAAUGUGACGUCCAGAGAGCAGAUAACUCCAUUAAGGUCUGGAGUGUCAUCUCAACAUCCCAGGAGCAUUUGCACUUUGAGGGUGAUAAAAUGCCUAUAACCUCCUGAUAUGGUUUUAGAGGGUAUGCAGUAUUCAUGAGAAAAUGUGACAUAAAAGAUUCAGAGAUGUAAAAUGUCAGUGAUGGUCUCGGGGUAUGUCCGUUAGGAUGGGGAUAAGAAGAGUUUCAGAGAGUCCCACUAAGUGGGUUAGUGGAGGCUAGAGAGUUGACAUCCCUGGCCCUGUGGUUGAUGUAAAGACAAAACCGACACACUAUCUCUUAGGUUUGGGCUGCACAUUACUGUGGGUUCUUGUUAUAACUCAUCCGCUGACGGCAUUCUAUUUUCAAACUAAUAGAAAGUUGGCUGCAAAACUGAGCGUGACUGAGGGGAAUUUCUCUAAAGUCAUUUUUACCAGACCGAAACGUUCUAUUCAGUGUCCUUUUGCUGGACUCAGAGUGUGACUGUCAGACCAUUAUUCUGAUUAUCCAGUAGAGAUUUUCCAGGCCAGGUCAAGUGUAAAAUCAGCUAGCCUAAUUACCUAAUCUGUGAUGCCACUGCCAGGCCAGGGAAAUCUUCACACGAAACAAACGACCGAAUUACCAACUCUUCACUUUGGGAAGGCCUUUUCCAGUUUCAUUUAUGAAUGCAGAGAACAGCGAAGUGUUGUUCCUUCAAGAGCACCAUUGAUUACAGUGUCAGUCAGUGAGCCAGGCUAAUACAGGCCUAUUACUGUACAUGUUGUUCAAGUGUCUGAGUUUAUAGGGUUUAGGGUUUAACAUGCCCCCUGGCGUUGCAAAAGACCCUGAGCCUUUUAAGUAAAGGUUGUGUCCUGGAGGGGAUAGAAUGAACAGUUAAUUAUAGCUAUAUCUAACUGUAGAACAGUAUGGUGACCCUAAGGGGCAAAGUAUAACAGAAUUGUCAGACAGAAAAGCAUUGUUUUUCAUGAUAUCUAAACCUCUUGUGAAGGAAAUACCUGAAAGCAUCUUUAAAGGGGUAAUCUGCGAUUUCUACAUCCAGUUUUGGACUUUUAAAUUAACUAAAUAUACCCAUUGAUUCUUAAAGAAUAUAACUUAUAAAUGCCUCAUGAGCUUAGUUCAACUAGCCAGCAGAAUACCACCCUGCAUCCCACUGCUGGCUUGCUUCUGAAGCUAAGCAGGGUCGAUCCCUGGAUGGGAGGCCAGAUGCUGCUGGAAGUGGUGUUGAAUGGCCAGUAGGAGGCUCCCUUUCCUCUGGUCUAAAAUAUCCUAGGACAGUGAUUGGGGACAUUGCCCUGUGUAGGGCGCUGUCUUUUAGAUGGGAUGUUAAACAGAUGUCCUGACUCUCUGUGGUCUCUAAAGAAUCCAUGACACCUAUCGUAAGAGUAGGGGUGUUAACCCCGGUGUCCUGGCUAAAUUCCCAAUCUGGCUAUCAUGGCUAGCUAAUCAUCCCCAGCUUCCAAUUGGCACAUUCAUCUCCCCUGUAACUAUUCCGCAGGUUGUUGCUGUAAAUGAGAAUGUGUUCUCAGUCAACAUAACUGGUUAAAUAAAAACUGUUGUACCCCAUCAGAACCCAAAAUAUAAGCCUAUUUUACUCCAUCGUUUGUAAACAAUGUCAUUGUAAACAAAUACUAUAUAGCUGCAAAACAUGGUUUAAACUAUAAUCUUGAUCUCAUGGAUGGUCAGUCCUUCCAUCCAUAUCUCUGUCUAUGAAUUUGAGAGUGGUUAUAUUUCUACAGCCCCAUCCCUCUGCUCUUUACCAAAACAGAGGCUGGUGAAAGCUUUGUUAUUGUUGCAACGGCAGAUCGCCCCUUUUAAUCGAUACGCAUAUGCCCCGUUUAUGAAACCUUGAGUAUUACAUGUUUAUGGAAUCACUCUCAAUUAAUAAGGAGGUGUUUUUGGUUUAUACCCUUGAUGCUGGCAACACAUACAAGUAUGUGAUCGCUACAGGCCCAUUGAGCACAGAAGGAAAUCAAUUCUCAGGGAAUGUUUUAUUGGACACGCCCAUAUUUAUUUACAGGUUCUAUAAAGAUUUAUAUCAUGUUCUGGCAGCAUUGUUUUGGUAUUUGGUAAUCCCUCUGGCAGGAGGUUCUGGAUCAGGUGUCCAAAUGCAUUGGACACGUUUCAAUGCGCACCUUAUAUCUCACUCCACUCCUACACAUCUGGGGAACAAGUUCAUUGACUCCUAAUGUGUUAAAUGUGCUUAUGUUUAACAUGUGUAAACUUGGCAAAUAUAGUUCAACAAAGACUCAGCCAAACUGCCAUGGUCUGAAAGGGGAUAUUCUAUUUCUAUAUAUAGUGUCUACUUUCUCUGUCAAGUACAUAGCUAGCAGCUAGACUGGAGUUCAAUAUUUGCACAACUGACAAUGUUUUAACAUUGGAAAAGGCUCAUGUCACUCCUAAUGUAUGUGUGCAUGUACAGUAUGAGAGAUACUAUGUUAACUAUGAAAAAGUAACUUAGUUAGACACACCUGUCAUUGAUGAUAGAUAGAGACUGAUUUUAGAGAACUUAUUGUUCACUAAGCCAAUGAUCCAUGCAAGUCGAAAGGAUGAACAUGUUUCAAUCGUUUGCAAUUCAUCUCUACAAACUGUGUGAAGGAAGGAAUGUCUAAAGCUAGCGUUAUACAAGUAACUGCCAAAAUAAAGGAAACACUUGAGUAAAUGAGGGAUACAUUGAACGCACACAGGUGUGGGUCCUGAGUUAAUUAAGCAAUUGAAACAUCCCAUCAUGCUUAGGGUCAUGUAUAAAAAUGCUCAGUUGCUCAUUAUUUUGGUUACCAUGGCUAAAAGAAGAGAUCUCAGUGAUUUUGAAAGAGAGGUCUCAAAAGAGCAUAGGGGGUUUAAAGUGUGUGUGUGUGUGUGUGUGUGUGUGUGUGUGUGUGUGUGUGUGUGUGUGUGUGUGUGUGUGUGUGUGCGUGCGUGUGCGUGUGCCUCAGUCACCAGACCUCAACCCAAUUGAACACUUAUGGGAGAUUCUGGAGCAGCACCUGAGACAGCGUUUUCCACCACCAUCAACAAAACACCACAUUAUGGAAUUUCUUGUGUAAGAAUGGUGACGCAUCCCUCCAAUAGAGUUCCAGACACUUGUAGAAUCUAUGCCAAGGCGUAUUGAAGCUGUUCUGGUGGCACUGGCGGCUCGUGGUGGCCCAACGCCCUAUUAAGACACAUUAUGUUGGUGUUUCCUUUCUUUUGGAAGUUACUUGCAUGUUCCAAUACAUUUCACAGGUACAGUUGACGCAGCUGUUUUUAAAGCCUGUUACCCUGUCACGUUCCUAUUAUUUGAAAACCUGUACCAACAACCGUAUGGAUCUUUUAUCUUUCUAUUUUCCAAACUGACAUAAUGGUUGAGGCUGGGGUCUCACAGACAUUCAAAGCUCUGCAUUGUAUCACAGGCCAUGCUGUAUGUACAACAUAUUUAUUGUAUGGUUCUAAUGGUUGUAUCUUCCUCUAGCCGAACACCAACUCUUCUUCUCUUCUCUGCAGUCAUGCACAUGUUCCAGAGCUUCACAGAGGGGGAGCUAAAGCAGAUGAUCGCGACUCUGGUGGAGAAGAAGGCACGGCAGGAGGCCAGGCAGAGCAAAAGAACUAAACGGGCUAAGAAAGCAUCAAAGCCAUGUUCCCUGAGGGAGGUGGAAGUGACUGUCAGUGAGCUGGAUCUGGGAUACUACAGUGAUGAGACGCUGCUCUUCAGGUAUUGCAGCGGGAACUGUAAAGCUAGCCGCCGCAACUACGACGUCAUACUGAAGAAAUGGACGAGGAAAGGCAUCUCAAAGAGGGAGAGGAGCCCCUGCUGCCGGCCCAAGGAGUACGAUGACAUUUCCUUCCUGGACAACACUAACAGAUACAAGACGCUCCACAACUUUUCUGCUCUGGCCUGUGGCUGUGUAUAACGCCUCGAUAGUGGCCAUUUUGAUUUCCCAGAUACUGUAUCAAACAUGGGAAAUGCAACAACUACUGCUACAAAAUCAAAAACAGGAGUACACAAGAAUCGAUCCCUGCAGUACAAUGCCAGGGAAUACGGCACAUUUGAAACUACCAUCUACGAGUGUUCAUUUUGUGUUUGUUUUUAAAAGACAUCAGCAAACGUCUGUUUUUCUUUCUUUGCCUUUCAUGGGAUACUUCUCUGUUGGUUGUGAGGAU